GAAUAAACAUUAUUUUACUACGGAAUUCCCGGUAAAUUUUAAUCUAAAAUUAGUUUUUUAUAAUAAAGUAUCAUAAAGAUGGAGUGGCCGAGUAAGAGGAUUCCUCCCGGUGGGGUUUUUCAUCCACCAAAGGUGAAAAAUUACAGCAAGGAAACGCAGAAUUUAAUUAAAGUUUUAAUGGAUGAGGCAAAAUUAACAAUGCUCCAACGAAAGAACAUCAACACCUACCUCAGAACUGGAGAACCUCUGCCCGUGCCCAAGGAAGAACAGAGACCCAUAAGUAUUUUUGGGGAUCCAGAUCAGGAUGCAAAGGCAAUUAUUGAGCGAGCCCGGUGUGCACGAAAACGAUCGUUGGAAAUUAUAAAAGCAAGUGGGGCAUUUGAGAAGUCUCGCUAUAUUCCCAAGUAUCCGUGGAAAGUACCCUCAGAGACGGCAAAGCGUCGCCUACAGGAAGUCAUGAGUGGCUUAAAGUACUUCCCGGAGCCGGAUGCUCAAGCCUACAAGUACCGGCAUCGCAGGAAAUCACCCGAGAUUGAGGAGAGAGAUCAAAUUUGUGAACUUUUGUGCGAAAUCCACGAGAGAGCUGAGUGGUUGGCGGAAAUGGAGGCACUAGGAGAGGGGAAGAAGCAUCGUGAUGUGAUUCACAAUCAAAUAGCUGAGAAAUUGCGCCAAAUAAAAAUCCUCGAGAGGCGAAAUCACAAGAGAGAACUUGAGGAGCAUCUUGAGAAUCAAUUGAAGCAGCUAUCUGUGAAAUCAACGCAAGAUACCACGAAUACAAAUUCAGAGAAUAUCUCUCCCUCGCAUCACAAUUGAGGAGGAUUAGAAAUUAUAUACUUCCGGUUAUGGCGGGUA